CCCAGCUCUGACGUGUUUUCCGCCUUUUUCCCCCUGGCGGCAUUUUGGGCGGCGGUGCAACUUCUGGACGUCCGGCAAGGCUGCUCCUCGGCCCCGCUCCGGGCAGGUGGGGCUGCUCCUGCUCUCCCUCGGCCGGCCAGGAGGAAGCAGGUGGCACUGGGAAAAGUGGACCAAGUUCCAGUUGUUAGAUACUUCAAUAGGAAGUCCCCUCAGAGGAACCAGGAGAGACUCUUCAAGUGCUCUGAGGGCGGGAUAUCCUUUGCUCACAAAUCCCUCCUUUUGGUUAACCGGAAGCUGGACAAGGGGAAUGGAUCCCAUCUGUGUUUGAAGCUUUGCCAAGCAUCUCCAGAGCCACCCCAGACUGAAGCCCUACAAAUGUGGAGAGUGUGGGAAGCAUUUUGCUAAAGGCUGGGACUUCAGAGCUCCUUAGCGUAUCCACCAGGGAAAGAGACCUCAGGAAGGCCUCAGUGUUUUUCUAGGCCUCAGAACAGCCCAAGUGAAGAGAAACCCUGCAAUUGUGUGCAGUGUGGCUUUGCUUUUCUGAAAAGUCAGAGAUGCUUAAACAUCAACAAAUCCACACUGGACAAAAACCUUAUCAACGUCUGGAGUGUGGGAAAUCUUCUGUUCGAAAAAGAAGUGUCAAGAUCCAGAGGAAAAUUCACAUGGAAAUAAAACCUGAUAAAAGCUUAGAGUGUGGAAAAUGUUUCACUGGGAGUUCAUUUCUUUGCAACCAUAAUAAAACACACACAGAGGAGGAAAGCAGAACGUGCCCUGAAUGUGGGAAAUGUUUUUCCAGCAAAGCAUGCCUGCAGCGACAUCAGCGAAUCCACACUGGGGAAAGACCCCAUGAAUGCCCAGAAUGUGAGAAACGAUUUGGGACGUCUUCCACACUUCGGAGACACCAAAAGACGCACACGGGAGAAAAACUCUAUAAAUGUAACGAUUGUGAGAAAUGUUUUUCUCGAAGGGGAAUUCUUUUUCAACAUCAGAUCAUCCACACAGGGGAGAAACCCUAUCAGUGCAUCGAGUGUGGGAAAUUUUUUUGUUUGAUAUCAACCCUCAGAAAUCAUGAGAAAAUUCACAGAGGGGAAAAAAAAUUCAAAUGUUUAGACUGUGGGAGAGCAUUUAUUCAUUCAUCUCACCUUAGAAGUCACUGGCAUGUCCAUAUAGGAGAGAAGCCCCAUAAAUGCUCAGAGUGCGAUAAAUGUUUUUCUACGAGACGUAGCCUUUUGAUACAUCAGAGGACCCACAGUGGAGAGAAGCCCCAUAAAUGCUCAGAGUGCGAUAAAUGUUUUUCUAGGAGACAUAACCUUUUGAUACAUCAGAGGACCCAUAUUGCAGAGAAACCAUAUAAAUGUCCGGAGUGUGGGAAGUUGUUUUCUUGCGAACAAUAUCUUAGAAAACACGAGAUGAUUCACACAGGAAAGAAGCGUAUCAGGUCUCUGCAGAAAAAUGAAAUGUGCUCAGAAUGUGGGAGAUGUUUCUCCCAAAGGUCACACCUAAUUCGACAUGAGAGACUUCACACUGGAGACAGGCCCUAUCAAUGCCCAGAAUGCGACAAGCGAUUUGUGGAGUCUGCUGAACUCCGGAGACACCAGAGGGGGCACACAGGAGAGAAGCCCUACAAAUGUGGGGAGUGUGCGAAAGGUUUUCUCACAGCAACACUGCUUCGGGUUCACGGGAGAAUCCACACUGGGGAGAAGCCGUACAAAUGUGUGGAGUGUGGGAAAUGCUUUUCCCGAAAACAACAACUUGGACGUCAUCAAAAGGUUCAUACAGGAGUGAAGCCAUAAAGACUCCUAAAGUGUAGAAAUGUUUUGCUUAAAAGGGAGAUAUCGGAAAAGUCACAUGGGAAAAGGCCUAACAGGCCCUGAUGGUGGAACAGUUUUUCAUAGGUGUUCACCCUUAGAAGUCAUGUAAAAGUUCCUAAAGAACAUGGGAGAGCAUUUUUUUGUCAUUCAUCCCUUAAAAAUGAUACUCUAAUCCAGGUGUAUCAAACUCGCAA